AUGCCCUGUGAUCGGUCCUUCAGGAACCUGAACCAGCCUGCAUGGAUGAAACGUGCCGGCAGGCCCGGCAAGUGGCGCCAGAACGAGGAACGUGGGCGGACCCCAGAGCACAGCCACCCAAAAAUAUUGAAAGUGAUCCCGGGAGAAAGCCUCACCUAUUCAGGUUCCAGAAAAAAUGAUAAUGAGACUACUGCUCUAGAACAAGACUCAGAUUCAGAACUUUCUCCUGAUGAGGAAGACGAUUUAAAAGAGCAGGCUUUUGAGCAUGACAAAGAAGGAUGGGAUGCCUUUAUAGUAACUCAACAAAAGAAUAAAGACCAAGGCUCCCCUUUUUCUGAACUUAGAGAGAUGCUAACAUCCAUAUCUCAGAGAAUGGAACAACUAGACUUAUCGCCCAUAAAUACAACUAAGCCGUUGCAUUCUAAAACGCCAUCUGUUAUAGCCGGUUUAGAUCCUGACCCGCUGCCGCCGCCGGUCCCGCUCCCUCCCCCUCCUCUCGCAGAAGCGCCUUUGAUUCCAACAGCGCCAGUAUAUGUUCCAUCUAGCCUAAAAAGGCCAGUACUUUCACCACUACAAAUGGCUGUGAAAACAGCCCGAGAACAGGGUGAAAAUCUUGAGGGAUAUUCUAUGAUUUUCCCUGUUUUUCAAGAUGCUAAUCAUCGGAGGUAUCAUGAGCCUCUGCCUUUUAAACAACUGAAACAAGCUUGCGCUCAAUACGGGCCUACUGCGCCGUUUACUCUAGCCAUAAUUGAAAGUCUUUCAUCUCAAUACUUGCCUCCUAAUCUCUUGUGGUGCUCAAAAUACGGCGAGGUCUGUAACAUCAUUGAAGACCGUAACCGCCUUAAUGGGCUGCAGUCAACAACUGACCCUUCCUCCCCUAGAAUACUAAACGAAGAGGGGCGAGCUGCUCUGGCAUUGGUUGAAGAGGCCCUCUCUCAGCAUUUUGCUACCUACUGUGAUUUUUCUCAACCGUGGGGACUAUAUGUGUUUCCCUCUAAACAUACCCCGACGGCAGUGUUAUAUCAAAAUGCUCCCUUACAAUGGAUCCAUUUACCUGUAUCGCCUUCAAAAGUUCUUACUCCUUUUUUUGAUUUCAUUAGCCUCCUCGUUGCCAAAGGAAGGCGUCUUUCCAGAGAAAUGUUGGGAGCCGAUCCUGCUUACAUUUAUGUGCCCUAUACCAAAGAACAGCAGGAAUGGCUUUUUCAGUUUAAUGACUCGUGGGCUUUGGCCUUUUCCUCCUUUACAGGUCAAAUUAUUAAUCAUUUACCUUCUGAUAAACUUUUGCAUUUUGCCAGCCAGCAUUCAUUUAUUUUUCCAAAGAAUGUUUCUAAUGUUCCUAUUCAAGAUGCUCUUACGAUCUUUACUGAUGGAUCCUCCAAUGGAACUGCUGCCUUUGUGGUUAAUGAUACCCCUUUCUCCUGGCAGACGAACUAUACAUCGGCUCAAGAAGUAGAACUUUCAGCCGUUCAUAAAGUAUGCUCACAAUAUUCCUCACAGUCUUUUAAUUUGUUUACUGAUAGCAAAUACAUUGCUCAUGCUUUGCAAUAUAUAGAAACUGUUCCCUUUAUUUCUACUGUGAAUUCUAACAUUCAACAUUUGUUACGUUCAAUUCAGUCUCUGCUGCAACAGCGCACCUUACCCUGCUUCUUUGGACAUUUACGUGCCCACACUGGGCUUCCUGGACCUCUAUCUAUGGGAAAUCAGAUGGCUGAUUCUCACACUAGAGUUUUUCUUUCACAGGUGGAAGCAGCACAGCAAUCACAUGCGCUACAUCACCAGAAUAGUAAUACUCUUCGUUUGCAGUUUCAAAUCCCUCGAGAAACUGCACGACAAAUUGUUAAAUCUUGUCCUGUUUGCCCUAAGUUUCUUCCAGUUCCACAUCUUGGCGUUAAUCCUCGCGGGCUUCUACCGAAUCAUCUUUGGCAAAUGGAUGUCACUCAUGUCCCUUCCUUUGGUCGUUUAAAGUACGUUCACGUAUCUAUUGACACCUUUUCAGGAUAUAUUGUGGCAUCCUUACAGACUGGUGAAGCCGCAAAACAUUCUAUCUCACAUUGUCUUUAUGCUUUUUCCAUUUUAGGCACGCCAAAGAUUAUAAAAACUGAUAAUGGCCCCGGCUAUGUCUCCUCUGCCUUCAAAAAUUUUUGUUCCUCUUUUUCUAUCACCCUAAAAACAGGCAUUCCUUAUAAUCCACAGGGUCAAGGCAUCGUGGAACGUGCUAAUCAAACUUUAAAACUACAGCUUCAAAAAAUACAGAGGGGGGAGCUCUACCCCCUUCUACCCAGAAAUUACCUUAAUCACGCUUUAUAUAUUUUAAAUUUUUAAAUUUUAGAUAAAGAAGGACAUUCAGCUGCGCAGAGAUUUUGGGACCCUCAGAUUUCCAGCAGAAAGCCGAUGGUCUUGUGGAAAGACCCGCUGGAUAAUAACUGGCAUGGCCCAGAUCCUGUGUUAAUUUGGGGGAGGGGUCAUGUAUGUGUUUUUCCACAGGAUGCCGAAGCACCGCGCUGGCUCCCGGAAAGGCUGGUACGCCAGACGGAGGAGAUCACUGAAUCAGCAAUUAGAUGCAUGAGUGUUAAUGCAUACUUAUAUUACGAAAAUAGAUCUGUUUCUUCUCCUAAUGAUUUUAAUCGAUUUGAGGGUGACUACUACCAAGUUUGGGAUGAAUAUUUCUGGAUGACCCCUGAAAAAGGACAGCUACUGACCCCUGCUGACAUUUGCUGGGAGCAAAAGACUCAUGUACCAACAUUUGGAGGCCGAGAAUUUCCAGGAUAUCACAUGAAACAUAUGGGACUAUUGCCUACCCACAAAUGUAAGACUGUAAUGGAUGUAACGUUUAUUGUCAACAAGUCUGUUAUUUGGCCAGGGACAGAUUGGGAAAAUAGCCCUGGUAUAAGAUGGGUAGCCCCAAAUAACACUCGAUGGAUUUGUGGAUACAACCUUUGGCCCUGGCUCCCUGUAGGAUGGGUGGGGAGAUGUACCCUAGGGUUUGUGUUUGCCCCUGGGAGAAUUCAUAAGCAAAAAAUUAGUCAACCUGUUAAUUUACCUUAUGUUAAAGCCCGGUGGUCACGCUCUGUUUUUCAUUGGUAUGAUUAUUUAGCCUCAAUUUUUGUGCCCUCUUUAGGAGCCACUGAUAUUAUGCUCAGGGUAGAGGCUUUGAACAAUUUUACAAAACAAGCUUUGACAGAUACUAGAAGAGCUUUAGAGGCUCUUAAUGAAGAACAAAAACAGAUGAGAAAAGCAGUUCUACAAAAUCGUAUGGCUCUGGAUAUUCUAACAGCCUCUCAAGGGGGAACAUGUGCCUUAAUAAAAAUGGAGUGUUGUGUAUAUAUUCCUGAUUAUUCCUCAAAUGUUUCUGAUGCUUUAGAAGAUAUGAAACAACAAGUAGCCGCUAUGGAUUUUUCUGACUCCAGCAUUUGGAGUCAGAUAUCUGCCUGGUUUCAUAGUGGUUGGUGGAAAUCUAUAAUUUUCAUCAUUAUAUGCAUAUUGUUAUUGCUGUGUUUUGGCCCUUGCAUUUGUCAAUGCUUAUCUGAGAUGAUAAAUAAAAGAUUGCUGAUGUUUUCCCGUUUGCAAACGCGGCCAUUUCCUUCAAGGGAGAUAUAAUGGCCAUUAGUCAAAAGAAAAGGGGGAGAUGCGGGGAGCCGGCCUGACUGCUCAGGCCCCUUCUCGGCCCUGAGAGAGAUCAAAAGGUCCCUCUCUGUCCCGCCACCCCUGAUUUGUUAAAGUGCAAAUUGGCCUUU